AUGACGAUCAUCGACAAGAUCAAUGCCAACAUCGACCGCCAAGAGGUUUUCUACUCGUUCGAGUUCUUCCCCCCGAAAACUCCUGCCGGGGUCGACAAUUUGUACGCCCGCAUGGACCGCAUGGCGGCACUCGAGCCGCUUUUCUGCGACAUGACGUGGGGCGCUGGCGGGUCCAGUGCCCAGCUCACGCUUGAGCUCAGCGCGAACGCUCAGCAGCUCAGCGGCCUCGAGAUGCUCAUGCACAUGACGUGCACCAACAUGGCCGAGCAGGACAUCAAGCAGGCGCUGGACCAGGCCAGAGACGCCGGGAUCCGGAAUAUAUUGGCGCUCCGGGGCGAUCCUGUGCGAGGCGCCAGUAGCUUCAACGAGUGCGACCGCGGGUUCUCGCACGGUGUCGACCUCGUGCGGUACAUCCGUCAACACUAUGGAAAUCAGUUCUGUAUUGCAGUGGCUGGAUAUCCUGAAGGUCAUGCUGAGAGCAGCCAUGAAGACCUGGCAGUUGGUGUGCAGUACCUGAAGGAGAAAGUCGACGCCGGCGCGGAUUUCGUGAUUUCGCAGCUGUUUUACGAUGUUUCGGUGUUUUUAGACUUUGUUCAAGCCUGUCGGGCAGCAGGGAUUACAGUCCCGAUAAUACCUGGCAUCAUGCCGAUUCAGAAUUAUGGAGGGUUUGAGCGCAUGACGUCGUUUUGCAAGACGUUUGUACCGGAUGAUGUCCGUGAAGCUUUGGAGCCUAUUAAAGACAAUGACGAAGCUGUCAAGGACUAUGGCGUGCAACUGGGUAUUACCAUGAGUCAGCAGCUGAUUGACGCGGGUGUGCCGGGUCUGCACUUUUACACGCUGAAUCUUGAACGCUCGGUGCGUCGGAUUUUGGAAGGCCUGUCGUCGCUGUCCCGCCAUGUUCCGCGACGGGAACUGCCUUGGGAGACGUCGAUGCUGUCCAAACGUGCGUCUGAGAGCGUACGUCCGAUUUACUGGUCCAAUCGACCGAAGAGCUACGUGCAUCGCACGGCUAUGUGGGACGAAUACCCGAAUGGUCGCUGGGGCAACAGUGAAAGUCCUGCGUUUGGGGAGCUCACCGAGUCGCAUUUUGCACCGUCGAACACGUGGACGCCCGUUGAGCGUCGCUCGAUGUGGGGCGAUGCACCUGCAAGCAAGGAAGACAUUCGCAAUGUAUUCGUGCGAUACGUGCGUGGCGAAAUCUCGAGUCUACCGUGGUGUGAUGCUGCAUUGCACGAUGAGACAUCGACUGUCCAGCAGGAGCUUGCAAGUGCGAAUGCUGCUGGAUUCUUGACGAUCAACAGUCAACCGCGCGUGAAUGGUGCGGUGUCCGAUGAUCCGAUGUUCGGCUGGGGUGGUCCUGGAGGCCGCGUCUAUCAGAAGGCGUACGUCGAGUGCUUUGUAUCACCCGAGAACAUGAAGACCAUUAUCACUAACGCUGCCAAGAAGCCUUCAGUGCAGUACCACGCUGUGAAUUUGAUUGGCCACUCGUACUUGAAUGCCAGCAAGUCCGCAGUAGCUGUAACAUGGGGAGUGUUUCCCAACAAAGAGAUUCAGCAGCCCACGAUCGUCGACAGCAGCAGCUUCUUGGUAUGGAAAGACGAAGCGUUUGCGUUGUGGCUCAAGUCGUGGGCAUCCCUGUACGAGCCAAGCAGCCCGUCCUUCAAACUGCUGCACGAGAUUCACGACACGUACUUCCUCGUGAGUAUCGUGGACAAUGACUUUAUGAAUGGCCACAUUUGGGACUUGUUCGAGGCUUCCGUCUCCCCUGUCACGUCACCGUAA